AUGAGUGAACCUGUUGUUGAAAUUAAACCUAGUGGUGAAAAUGCACCACAAGUGCCAGCAGAUUCAAAUGAGAAAAAAUUGACUAAUAAAGAAUUGAAAGAAUUGAAGAAGCAAGAAAAAGCUGCAAAGAGAUCUGCUAAAAAACAAGCAAGUGGUAUCUCCGUUGAACAACAACAAGCCCAAGCCCAAGCUAAACGUGAUAAGAAACAACACCAAAGGGAGAAACAACAACAAGAAUUGCAGAAGAAGGAACAACAACAACAAAAAUUGUUAAAUAAUAAAAAUGUAAAGAAAACAUCUCUUUUUAGUCAUUUGGAAACUACUGAAGAAAGAAGAGCUACACUUUUAGCCAUUGGUAGUGCUUUGAAUUCUCCAAGAGCAGCAAGAAUUACCGCAGCAGGUCUUAUGGUACCAGUUGUUGCAAGUGCAUUAUCAGGAGCUAAAGUAUACACAACAUCUAACCUUGGUAAUAACAUUCAAGCAAUUUCUGAAUCAAGUAAUCAAGCUAAUGAAGGAGCUGAUACUACCCUUGGUAACAACGUAGAUUUGGCAAAAUCAUUAGCAAGUAUAUCUUUAGAAAAUAAUGAAGUUAGCGUUGUUCCGGGUGUCUCAUCUAUUAUUCCUCAUGCAUUAAAGAAAUCAUUGGAUACUCCAGAGUUGAUAUCAAAUAUCAAAGAAUUAUUGAUAAAUAAAGAUUUUAUACAUCCUGUGAUCUCUUCAUUAACAUUCAAUCUAGCAAUUUACAAAAUUGUGGGUUCUAUUCCACGUUGUAUUGCUAUGUUAGAAGCAUUCCAAAUUGUGAUUCAGGAUUAUAAAACUCCAAAGGGUACUACUUUAUCUCGUAAUUUAACUAAUUAUCUAUCACAUCAAAUUGAUUUACUGAAGCGAGCUAGACCAUUGAGUGUUACUAUGGGUAAUGCAAUUAGAUGGUUAAAACAAGAAAUCUCUCAUAUUGACCCAUCAACUCCAGAUAAUGAAGCUAAACUGGAUCUGUGUGAAAAGAUUGGUCUUUUCGCUAAGGAAAAAAUUGAGCUAGCUGAUCAAUUAAUUAUUGAAAAUGCAUCGAAUCAAAUAGAGGACCGUUCUACCAUUGUUACAUUUGGUUCCUCCAAGGUUCUAACUGAAUUGAUAUUACAUAACGCAAAAGUUUUAAAGAAAGAUUUAGAAAUUAUUGUGGUUGACUCUAGACCUCUAUUUGAAGGUAAAAAAAUGGCUGCUAUCCUAAGAGAAAAUGGUGUUAAAGUCAUUUAUACAUUGAUUACAAGUUUGGACACUGUAUUCAAUAUGGGUGUCGAUUAUGUUUUCUUGGGGGCACAUUCCAUUCUAUCUAAUGGGUUCUUGUAUUCUAGAGCAGGUACAGCUAUGAUUGCUAUGAGUGCUAAGAGAAGAAAUAUUCCUGUCCUAGUCUGUUGUGAAAGUUUGAAAUUUUCUCAAAGGGUACAAUUGGAUAGUGUUACAUAUAAUGAAUUGGCAGAUCCAAAUGAUUUGGUACCUAUCGAUUAUGAGAGUCCAAUGGAAAGACGUAGCAAUAAAGGUAUAUUGUUAAAGCAGUUUGUUAAGGAACGUCAUGAAAAUACUGUUAGGAUAGCUAAGGAAAAUGCGCCAAAGGGUAACAAACAGCAACAGCAACAGCAACAAAAGAAUAAGAAUGCCAAAGAUCGUCACAACAAAUCCGAUGAAGCCAAUGGUAAGGAAGUCGAUGCUGAACAAUCAGAAAACGUCUUAGAUGACUGGCAAAAAUUGUCGUCUUUGAACAUCGUUAACAUCUUAUACGAUUUGACACCACCAGAAUACAUCAAGAAAGUCAUUACUGAAUUUGGUGCACUUCCACCAUCUUCUGUUCCAGUCAUUUUGAGAGAAUAUAAAGGAUCUGCAUAG